AAAAAUAAAUGUCAUUGUCAUCUAUGAAUAAAAAAAUACAAUUUAUAAUAUUUUAUAGAACUAAUUUAAUAAAUGUAAAAUACACAAUAUUUUAAUCAAGUUUAUCUCCUUGCAUUUCCUAUAGUUCUCCUUUAUUCAUGACAGCAAGUUAACUGGAGCUUGACAGUGCAAUACAAAGUUUCUAAAAACACUAAUACUCCAGCUGAUAACAUAGUGUACAGUACAGAUCAAAAUGACUUCGAUUUUCGACCAAUACGAACAAGCAUCUCAGGUUUCCCAACGCCCAGUGCCCGUGUCUGAACAGAUGACGUCCUCAGGCUACAUCAAUAUGCAGUUGGAAGACAAUACACCAAUGUUCUCCAAACAGAAAAUGAAUUUUAAUCCUUCUGACAUGAUCACCCAUGUUGCUGUAUCUAGCGACUUCCUGGUCCUGGCCAUGGCCAAUGGGAAGUUGUUCAGACUUGAUUUGAAGAUGCCUGACCAACAUGAAGAAAUUCACUAUGCAAAAUUUGUGCAACCAAACUCAAAACUCACUGCAAUAUUUCUGGACCCACUUGGCUACCACUUACUCAUGACUUUUGCUGCAAGAAACAAAGAUGGAAGCCCUGAGCUGGUUUAUCUACAUCGCAAGAGCAGUAAACUGAAACCUGUGACCAAGUCCAAGAACUAUGAAGUGACAGAAGUGGGAUGGAACUAUGAGAAUAUGUCAUUGACAAGCACAGGCCCUAUAUUGUUGGGCACUUCUCAAGGGCAUAUACUUGAGACAGAGUUGGAGGCUGAGAGUGAUAAGAUGUUUACAGCAAGUCAGCAAUAUUGGAGGCAGCUGCCCACUUAUUUGCCUCUAUAUGGAGGCAAGGAGAUUGAUGGUUUGAUAUUCGACAUCGGCAAAGGCGCCAACACACCCAUCACGGGCAUCCAAUUCCACAGGGUUAACAAGACGAGUAAAUUCUUCAUAUUCGUCACAACCCCUACACGCCUGUACCAGUUCAUUGGCCACGCUAUGAUGGCAGAUGACAAGCCCUCACUACAAUCUAUAUUUCACCCGUAUUUGACGACUCCAGAGACUGGAUUCCAGGAAAUACCCUCCACAUUGAAAUAUUCCAAGUUGCAGUUCUAUUUUGACAAGAGUAGCAACCCAAAGACAUUCGCGUGGCUGACUGAACCUGGCAUAUUUUAUGGACAGCUAGAUCCUACGUCGCAACAAAACUCUAACUCCUUGUUUACUCAAAGUGAACUCAUAAACUAUCCGGCCGAGAAAGACCCUACAUCGACGGAGGAAACUACGCCGUUAUCGUUUGUUUUGACCGAAUUCCACGUCCUGCUGAUGUACUCCGACAGAGUCAAAGCCGUGUCGCUUUUGAACCAAGAAUUAGUCUAUGAAGAAAAAUAUUCAGAAGUCCAUGGAAAACUGAAAAAUAUAGUGCAAGAUCCAUUAAGAAGGACAAUAUGGGCUGUCACAGACAAAGCAGUUUUUAGGUACAAAGUCAAAAGAGAAGAAAGAGACGUUUGGAGGAUUUACUCUGACAAGGAACAGUUUGAUCUAGCUAAAUUAUAUUGCCAAAAUAAUCCCGCAUACAUCGAUAUCAUAAACGUGAAGCAGGCAGAACUACUUUUUACCAAUAAAGACUACGACAGAAGCGCUGAAAUUUAUGCGGAGACUCAAAGUAGUUUCGAAACCGUAUGCCUCAAAUUUUUGGAAGUCGAUCAAGUUACCGCACUCAAAGUGUAUUUGGGAAAAAGGUUGGAUGCUUUGGAAGAUGAUAAAACAUUAAUUUCCAUGAUAGUUAUUUGGAUGACGGAGUUGUAUUUGUCGCAACUCGGUUCUAUACGUCGGACUGGUAAAUCCGAUUCGCAGGAGUACCAUCAGAUUCAGAGUGAUUUUGAAGUGUUCCUCCUCCAACCUAAAGUUGUGAAAUGCAUGCAGCACAUAAAGUCUGUUAUUUAUGACUUGAUGUCUUCUCACGGAGACAAAGACAAUCUCAUAAAACUGACAGUCAUUAACGAGGACUACGAAAACGUCAUAGCUCAGAAUAUUUACAAGAAAUCUUAUAUGGAAGCAUUGCAAAUGCUGCAAACGAAAAGAAAACCUGAUUUAUUUUACCAAUUUGCUCCAUCUCUCAUGGAGAAAAUCCCUUCCCAGACUGCCACGGCGUUGAUAGCGCAAGGGCCUUUGUUAAAUCCCACAAAAUUAUUGCCGGCUUUUCUAUCUUGCGAGAAUGAUGAAGCUCACAUAUCAGAGAUUACAAGAUACCUGGAGUUUAUGCUACAGAAUUUCAAUGUGAAGGAUAAGGCGAUACACAAUUAUCUGCUGACAUUGUACGUGGAAUACGACCAAGCGGCACUGAUGAAGUAUUUGGAGCGGCAAGGGCAGGAAAUUGUGCUGGUUAACUAUGACGUGCAUUACGCUUUGAGGCUCUGUAGAGAGAAAGGUCUAUCAGAGGCGUGUGUGAAGCUGUCAGCAUUGCUCGGCCUGUGGGAGUCUGCAGCGGAGUUGGCUUUGGAAGUUAAUCUGAGCUUAGCCAAAGAAAUCGCCAACAUGCCUGAAGAUGAGAGCGUGCAAAGGAGGCUUUGGCUUGGAAUAGCGGAACAUGUGAUAACAAAGAGCCAGGACAUCAAGGAAGCCAUGAGUUUACUGGAAGAGUGUCAGCUGAUCAAGAUCGAAGACAUCUUGCCGUUCUUCAGUGAUGUCAUCACCAUCGACCACUUCCGGGAACCCAUCUGCCAGUCCUUGGAGGAGUACAACAAACAAAUAGAGGAAAUAAAAGCAGAAAUGGAGGAAGCGACUACUUCUGCAGAAUGUGUGCGUAACGAGAUCCAGUCGUUCCGCAACCGCAGCGUGCUGGUGUCGGUGUCGGACGCGUGCUGCCUGUGCGACAUCGCGCUGCUGCUGCGGCCCUUCUACCUGUUCCCGUGCGCGCACCGCUUCCACAGCGACUGCCUGCUCGCCGAGAUGCAGCCCAUACUGGCGCCGGCUCGCCGCAACAAACUGAAGGACUUGCAGCGCAAACUGAACCUUCUCUCCAACAUCGAGUUGUCGACGAUGACGUCGAGCGGGCUGCCGCUGCGCGAAGUGCUGAAGAACGAGGUCGACGACAUCGUGGCGAGCGAGUGCGUGUUCUGCGGCGAGCACAUGAUCGCGUGCAUCGACAAACCGUUCAUUGCUGAUGAGGACUGGGACCGGGUCAUGAAGGAAUGGGAGUGAACACCAAAUAUUCAGUUUUGAAUGAACAUUUUGUGUUAGACCACACUUCAGUGACAUCAGCUUUGUUGAAGCCGGAUUUAUUUGUCUGACGUGUCGUGUCGUGCGACAUCAGAACAGAAUCGAUUUCAUACAUUUUGUAUGCGGCACAUCAGAACCCAUCGCGACAUGUCACGACACA